AGAGCGAUGCCACAGUGUCUCGCCACCACCCUAGUGAUCUGCUUUGGAGACAAAGCCCGUGCGUGAGCGACUCUCCUCUCUCCUAGUUCUCUCCAGCAGCCCCAGGUAUCCAGCACCCGAUGGACUCCUGUUAAGAGCCCUGAUUCAGCGCUGAUCGUAGACAGGUUCAAGCAUCGUUCCUGCUUCCACCCGUGGAUUUGUGUCGAUAACAUCUUGUGCCUCCAGCUCCCUGUGACACACCUGCUCCAGGUCACUGGACCUGCCCUGACAACAGUUUCUGGGGAAAGAGAAUGAAAGAAGGCAUGUCUAAUAACAGCACAACCAGUAUCUCUCAAGCCCGAAAAGCUGUGGAGCAACUCAAAAUGGAAGCAUGUAUGGACAGGAUAAAGGUCUCUAAGGCUGCAGCAGACCUACUGGCAUACUGUGAUGCCCACAUCCGAGAAGACCCCCUUAUCAUACCAGUGCCUGCAUCAGAAAACCCCUUCAGAGAGAAAAAGUUCUUUUGUACCAUUCUCUGAGUCCAUUUGUAAUGCAAGUGUCCCCUUUUCUGUCUGUGAAAACCUCCCAUAGAAAUUCUGCAUGCUUUUAGCAUUAGAGGAUAAUAGAGAAGAUUAUUACUCUUCUUGCUGCCUAAUUCAAAAUGGCCUAGGGUGCUGUGCUUUUUAAAUUGACUUAUUAAAGAAGCAGUGUACAUUUUUACAACAAAUGAUACAUGUGCCAAGUAGAAUUAAACAUGGGGCUAGGG